UGGCUGAGGCGAUGGCGGAGAGCUACAACCGCGACAGCGAGCCUACGACGCGCACGCUCUUGCGGCGCGUGCUGGAUACUGCGGAUACGCGCACCCCGCGGCGACGCCGGAGUGCUAGAGUUGGUGCCCAGAAAGCUCUACUUGAAACACCUUCCUCCAGGAGGCUGAGCACCCCAACAAAGAUGAAUGUGAGGCGAGGUUCCCACAGAGCUAGGUCUAUUGGCAGAUUGGCCCAUGUUCAUACCAGUGGGAACCUGGAGGAACAGACACCCCGGACUCUGCUGAAAAACAUCAUUCUAACUGCUCCAGAAUCUUCCAUCAUGACGCCAAAGUCUGUGGUGAAGCCAGUGCCGACACCGCAAGUGGCCCAGUCCUCUAGACAGGAAAGCAGUCGGGGCAGCCUGGAGCUGCAACUUCCUGAGCUUGAGCCCCCCACAACCCUGGCUCUAGGUCUUCUGGCUCCUGGCAGGAGGAAGCAGAGGCUGAGAUUGUCAGUGUUUCAGCAAGAAAUGGACCAGGGACUGCCUCUCUCCCAAGCAGAGCCUCGUGGGAAUGCCAGUGCCUCCUCCCUCACCAGCUCCCUCAGUUUGAACUUUGCCACACCUCUCCAGCCACAGUCAGUACAGAGGCCUGGCUUGGCUCGCAGACCUCCUAUCCGCCGAGCUGUAGAUGUAGGUGCAUUUUUGCAGGAUCUGCGAGAUACUUCUUUGGCCUUGGCUUCUCCAGGUGACAGCCUCAGAACCCCUGUUGCCACCCUGCCAACGGAUACCGUGUUGGAGGACACUCAGCCCUUCUCCCAGCCCUUGGUUGGCCAUUCCCCCAGUGUGUACCACUCCCUGCCCUUUCUCUCUCACACUGAGGCUGAAAAUGCUGAGAGGGCUGUCAGUCAUAGGACACAGAGCAGUGGGUCUAGGCUGCAGAACCACAAUCCUGGAAAACCAGCCCAACUUCUGUCAGGAAAGGCAAAGAAAGUUGAUGUCCUUGCUGUGAGAUUCCCAAACAAUAGUAGUGCUAUCUCUGGAGAAGAUGGAGUAGAGCCCUUACAGGAUGGAGUUGGCGAGGAGGCAGAGGAAAGGAUGGAGGAAAGUUUGAGUAUGAGUGAAGUGAUGGGCUCAACAGGAACACAAGGUUCUGUCAGGACAGAAAAGUCUAAGGGACAUAGAGAAAUGACAGAAGCUCUUGAGGCCAAGGAGCCAGAAGGAUCUUCAGAAGAUGAGGACAUCUCUGGCAGGACAGCAAGUCCAGAGUUGGCCUCCAGCACCACUGAGUCUCUUCAGGCCAGGCGACCUCAGUUUCUUGAGCCAUCCCCACCGCCUAGCACUACAGUCUUAUCUUCAGAGCCUCUGGAGCCUCUAUCGACCAGGCAUCCCCCCAGGGCCCGAACCCAUGGCCCCAGGCCCCGUCAAGAUCCCCACAAGACUGGAUUGAGCCACUAUGUGAAACUCUUUAGUUUCUAUGCUAAGAUGCCCAUGGAGAAGAAGGCUCUUGAGAUGGUGGAGAAGUGCCUGGACAAGUAUUUCCAGCAUCUUUGUGAUGACCUGGAGGUAUUUUCUGCUCAUGCUGGCCGCAAGACUGUGAGGCCAGAGGACCUGGAACUGCUGAUGCGACGGCAGGGCCUGGUCAACGACCAAGUCUCCCUGCAUGUGCUUGUGGAGCGGCAUCUGCCCCUGGAGUACCGGAAUCUCCUCAUCCCUUGUGCAUUCAGUGGCAACUCUGUCUUCCCUGCCCAGUAGUGGCCAGGCCUCAACACCUGCCCAGUCCCCGCUUAGGGGACUGGUCCACCUAUUCUUCCAGAUCUCCUCCCCACCUCCCCAGUAUCAAUAAAGUGUCAC